UAGACACAGAGAGUUCGUCCCAGUCCGCCAGAAAGGAGCGCACGCGCGCGGCCCGCCGAACAAGAGAGCAAACAAACAAACAAACAAACAAACACAAAGAACCGAGCGACCAAGAUGGUGGCCAAACAGAGGAUCCGCAUGGCCAACGAGAAGCACAGCAAGAACAUCACGCAGAGAGGAAACGUAGCCAAGUCCACGAGGACUCUGGGGGAUGAGAAGGGGGUGGGGCCGUGGCUGCUGGCUCUCUUCAUCUUCGUGGUCUGUGGAUCAGCCAUCUUCCAGAUCAUCCAGAGCAUCAGGAUGGGCAUGUAGAUGUCAUCAGAGGGCGGGGCGAUGACGGUGGACCAACCAAGACAUUCCUGAACUCUGACGGCUUACACAAGCCCCGCCCACCCAGCAGGCCCCCGCUCUUCAAGCCCUAGUGACCCGGCCUGCUGCUGUCGGCUGACCUCAGAGCGCCAUGUGCCUUUCUGUUGACCUGAACUUUGGCCCCGCCCCUCCUCAGUCGGGGGGUGGGGCUCCCUCUGGCUGAUCGGACCUGCGGGGGGGCUGCAGCCUGAAAGAAGUGUCCUUUUGGAUCAGAAGGUGUGAAGGCCCGACAGGUGUGUCUUCACCGUGUGCAGACGCACCUGAACAUUCCAGCUGUCUGAAUAAAGUUUGUUCUGAAUCCGA